GAGCUUUCAAAAAAGGGAGAGAAAAAGAUUAGAAUAAAAAAGACAAGGCGAUAAAUUACAAAACAACCCCACCCCAAUGGGGCCCCUGUUCCACGGUGCUUUUCCCCAGCCAUCACGAGACCUCCCUUCCCGAAACCAACCAACGCCAUCACCACCAGUUACUACUGCUACGCCUCCAAGAAUUCCUCCUCGGAUUCCUUCCCCUUCUCCAGCUCCCCCUCCCGCAGGCGCCUGCACUGUUCUACCGCCUUAUUCGCCCUCCGGCCUCAUCUGUUCUUCGGGAAUAUGAAGUUAAGGACAAAGCGGCCUGAAUGGAAGUCCCUCAUGCCUCUACAACUGAGCAGGAAAUCUACCAUGCGUUUCUUUUUGUUUCCCAAAGUUGAGUCGGCUGUUCAAUCGCCAGAUGAUACUCCAGUUUAUCUUAAUGUGUAUGAUUUGACACCCAUGAAUGGCUAUAUAUAUUGGGCAGGCCUUGGUAUAUUUCACUCCGGAAUUGAAGUUCAUGGUGUUGAAUAUGCUUUUGGAGCACAUGACUAUCCCACAAGUGGAGUAUUUGAGGUAGAACCUCGUCAAUGCCCUGGUUUCAGAUUCAGGAAAUCGAUAUUUCUCGGUACAACGUGCUUAGAUCCUGUCCAAGUUAGACGGUUCAUGGAGCUACAGUCAGUAAACUACAAUGGAGAUACUUACCAUCUUAUCACGAAGAACUGCAACCACUUUUGCAAGGACAUGUGUUACAAAUUAACUGGAAACAAAAUCCCCAAAUGGGUAAACCGGCUCGCCAGAAUAGGCGCAAUUUGCAACUGCCUUCUCCCUGAGUCGCUCAAAAUCUCUCCGGUCAGCCAUGAUCCGAAUAGUCAGUCUGAAGAUUCCGAGAAAAGGCGGCUGAGGAAUCCAUUUAGCUGUUUCUCUUCCAUCUCAAGUCAUAGAACGCUGUCCUCAUCUUCUCCUUUCCCACCAUCUCCUGUGAAAGAGUCUCCCCCAUUGUUCAUCGAGGAAGUCCAGCACCGCAUCACUGAGAAAUAGGUAGCCUGCCCCCCUGUGUAACUUCUGAUAUCAAGUAUUGCUAAUUCGUGCAGUGUCAACAUCUGGAUGGCACUACCGCGCUGUAUCUUCUGUCCGGUAUUUGUUUUUGCUCGGUAAAAGCCUGAUGCCUGAUGUUGUAUCAUGUAAAACCCAUGACGUGUGUGUUGAUUCACCUUGAAAGAUUUGUUGGGUGAAUGCCACUCGAUUCUACCCGCCUCUGUACUCGUGAUUUGUAUAUUAAUCCAUUAUUCUUUCAGCC